AUGUGUGCAGUUAUGGAAAUAAUUACAUAUUUUUUCUUGUUACAGCCCAACAUAACUACCUUUGGCUUCCUCUUCGACAUUGACGGGGUAGUGGUACGAGGAAAGACUCCAAUUCCUGCUGCAAAAAAAGCCUUUCAAAAGCUAGUUAAUUCUCAGGGACAAUUCUUGGUGCCAGUAGUAUUUGUCACCAAUGCAGGAAACUGCCUUCGCCAGAAGAAAGCUGAUCAGUUGUCUCAUAUUUUGGGAGUGCCGAUUUCACAAGACCAAGUUGUGAUGUCUCAUAGUCCUUUACGGAUGUUCAAAUGUUACCAUGACAAAUGCGUUCUGAUGUCUGGGCAAGGACCACUUCUUGACAUUGCCAAAUACCUGGGUUUUUGUCAACCUAUUACCAUUGAUAUACUGCGUGAGACAUUUCCUUUACUGGAUAUGGUUGACCAUGACAGACGGCCUAAAGUUUUGCAUUUGCCAGCUGUGGAACUUCCCAAAAUUGAGGCUGUUGUUUUGUUUGGAGAACCAGUCAGAUGGGAGACUAAUCUUCAACUGAUAAUAGAUGUUCUGCUGACCGGCGGCUGGCCUGGAAAGCCACAUCAUCAAGCCAGUUACCCACAUAUACCCGUGCUUGCUUGUAAUAUGGAUCUGAUGUGGAUGGCUGAAGCACAGUCUCCAAGAUUUGGGCAUGGAACAUUCAUGGUUUGUUUGGAAAAUAUUUACAAGAAGAUCACUGGCAAAGAACUGAAAUAUGAGGCCUUGAUGGGCAAACCUAGUGAAUUGACCUAUCACUAUGCAGAGUACCUGAUUAGGAUGCAGGCAGCACAAAGACACUGGAAGAAGCCUAUUCAAACUCUUUAUGCCAUUGGGGACAACCUAAUGACUGAUAUCUAUGGUGCUAACCUUUAUAAUCGUUACCUUGAAGAGAAGAAUUCCAGAAAAGGUUCCAAAGGGCGUAUCCAGGCCAAAGUUGCUGCUGGGACCAGGUCUGCCACUAUUUCUCAGGAUGAUGAAAUAGACCACACUUGGCAAAAUGAACUUGCACCUGCUACUGCCACCAGUUGCAGGUCUGUUCUUGUUUGUACUGGGGUUUACAAUCCUCACACAGAGGUGCCCUCUGACACCAGAGAGAGUAUAACUGAGACUGUGUUCCAUGGUCACAGAGAUUUUAGAUUUGAUCCUGCUUUGGUAGAGCCAGACCAUAUUGUACCAGAUGUUGAUGCUGCUGUAGAUCUGAUCUACCAACUGGAGAAUUUUGCACCUGAUCAAGAUACUACAACUUUUUAAGGAUUGUUCAUUCAAAAGCACAUCAGGGUUUACAGCACAGUACAAAAUGUUGCUUUCUAACACGUUUAACCCUUUAACCUCAAUAUUUUAAAACACUUUCCUGAACUGGCCUCUCCUACGUAGCACACCAGAACUGGCUUUAUUUGUCAUAAUUACCUCCUGACCGUAAUGUUAUGAGGAAAGUAGAAUUUCCAUGUAUUUUAAAGUUUAUUAAUCAUGUGUCUGACAUUUCUUCUGUCAAUUGUACACCGCUACCUCGAUAUAACACCACCCGAUAUAACACAAAUUUGGAUAUAACGCGGUAAAGCAGUGC